AUGUGCAGCGGAGAUCGUGAAGUUCGAUGUGUGAAAAGGAACUUGUUGUUGGAAGCUCUUGCAAAUGAGCUCCCUAAUGGCACCGUCAGGUUCUCAUCCAAGGUGGUUUCAAUUGACGAAUCAGGCUACUUUAAGCUGGUUCAUCUUGCUGAUGGAACCAUCCUCAAAGCCAAGGUCUUGGUUGGGUGUGAUGGACUGAACUCCGUGGUUACGAAAUGGCUUGGCUUCAAACAGCCGGCGUUUACAGGGAGAUCUGCUAUUGGAGGUCGUGCCGACUUCAAGAGACCUCAUGGUUUUGAUCCCAUUUUCAUGCGCUUCUUUGGGAAUGGUGUUCGAUCUGGUGUCAUCCCUUGUGAUGACAAAACUGUUUAUACUUGGGUUCCUUCCAGCCAAGAUAGAUAA